GAAGCCUCCUGGCGGAUAUUCCGUUAACGCUCAGCGUUUGACCUUACUUCUCGGUCCGGUGACGUUUGGCAUCUCAAUUAGGUGGCCACACGAUGGACUUUGCUCCACACGAACCAUGAAAUGUCCUUUCUGAUUAUUUGAAUACACCCACUGUGCAGCUACACUGCCAGAAUAAACCAAGGGAACAAUGGGGAAAUAUUUUUGCUGCACAGGUUUUCUGAAAAGCACCUGGGACCAAGUUUGCAUUGCCUUCUGGCAACGUUAUCCCAACCCUUACAGUAACCAUGUCUUGACGGAGGACAUUAUCUUCAGAGAAGUUACUCCAUCCAACUGCCUCAUUUCCAGACGUCUGUUGACCAAAACCAGCCGUGCACCUCGCUGGAUGGAGCGGUACCUCCCAAAGCACAUGGCCAGCUCGGCGUACAUCAUCGAGGACUCCAUCAUUGACCCUCAGAAACGGACCAUGACCACUCUGACAUGGAACAUCAGCCACGCUCGCAUCAUGUCUGUGGAGGAGCGCUGUCAGUACCAAAUUAACCCUGAGAAAGGCUCCUGGACGGAAAUUAAAAGGGAAGCCUGGAUCUCUUCCAGCCUCUAUGGGCUUUCUAGAGCUAUUCAGGAAUUUGGUCUGGCGAGGUUCAAGAACAGUGUCACAAAGACUAUGAAAGGCUUUGAGUAUGUGCUCGCCAGAAUGCAAGGUGAAACUCCUUCAAGAACCUUGGCGGAGACUGCUACAGAGCGGGCUAGAGAGACAGCACUGGCAGCUAAAGAGAAAGCCAAGGACCUUGCCUCACAUGCUCAGAAGAAACAAUACGUGUGAAGAUACAGCUGCAGCAGCCUCUUAAACCAGGACAAUUUACUUUUACCCAUUCUCAUUGUUCAUUUAGUUACUGGGGAUUUUGCAAUGGAUCCCAGUCUUGGUUUAAAAACACCUCUGUGAGGACUCAUCCUGCUGAAAGUGGUGGGUGGACCAGCCUGAGCUGGUUUCAAGAGCCUGUUCCAGCCUCCUUGAUUGUGUUCAAUGGACCUCAGAUGCCACGUCAUUUCAAUAUUUACCAUAGAUAGAAAUCUUGGAAAUGGGUGGUGGAAUAUGGCCCCGGGUGCCAUAAAAAUAAAGAUAAUAACCUACACUGGAAGUGUUCCUUAAGCCUUUCCUCAACCUCUGUACCCACCAGGAUUUGCCUUUUUUACUCCAGUUCUCUGUUCAUCUUGUUUUCUUUUAUUUCCACACUUUUUACUGUUAAGUUGCAGCAUUACUUUAAAAUGAUCAGAUCAGUUCUUUGGAUUCACUUAUGUGUUUGAUGUCAUGUACUAUGAUGUUAUGUUAGUUCAGUUUACCCAAUCCUACCUUAGUCAUGCUACUGACAGUGGUCCUCCUGCUGCCUCAUGCUGAAGUAUGCUAGCGGCAUCUUGUUGGAGAUAUAGCUCAAUAACCAGCCCUAACCUGGCAUCUCUGCUGCUGUGUAAGAGCUCCUCUCCUCUUAACUUGAUUGUCACCUCGCUGUAUACAUUCAUUUAUUCAUUGCACUAUUCUUGCUUGAAUGAUGUAGUAUCAGCUGGUCAAUAAACAGACAUUUUCCAAUCA